CUCUCAGUUGUGGAAUCGCUUGCUAGCAAAAAAACAAAAAAAACCCUAAUCUGAAAAAAGAAAGAAGAUACAGAUCAACGUAACUUUGUCAACUGAGCGAUCUUAAAAUCAGCGGCCUGCGGAACUUGUUUUUACAUACACACCUGGUCUCCUGUUGACUGUUGCGUCUGUCUCACCUAAAACACCAGGUGGAAAACCUCAAGCUCUGUCCCAUUAAGUCCUGAGUGACGGUGUCAGUCCAGUUCUUUCUCAGUGGAGUUCAGUCCAAUCAGGUUUGGUCUCCUCUGGAUUUUGUCACCACCGGCUCAGCCUUCUGUUCGGUCCCAGCUGAGUUCGUCCCAGUUUCUGUUGGGGGUCGGUCCAGCGUUUCAAGCUGGACGGAGGAGAGACGUGUGGGCCCGAGGGCCCGGCCUUCGUGCUGCGACACAGAACUUCAAAUCUUUUAGAACACUCGUCGGAUAGCGCGCCUACAGAUCCCAUGAGUCCCCGGGAGAAGGAAGACACACCCACCUCAGGUUCUUCAACCAGUCACCUCAGCACCGCAGGGUGCCCCUCACACAAUGGGCGUGUCCCAGAGUGCGAUGAGGAGAGAAGAAAAAAUGAAGAGGACGACAGAGGAAGAGAAGGAGAGGCCCAAGAGGUGGAAGAGGACGAGAGGAGCAGCGAUGAAGGUUUCAUGGGAAUGACUCCGCUGCUGCAGGCUCACCAUGCCAUGGAGAGGAUGGAGGAGUUUGUACAUAAGAUGUGGGAGGGCCGGUGGCGCGUCAUACCUCACGACGUACUCCCCGACUGGCUGAAGGACAACGACUACCUGCUCCACGGCCACAGGCCACCCAUGCCUUCUUUCCGCGCCUGCUUCAAGAGCAUCUUCAGAAUCCACACAGAGACGGGAAACAUCUGGACACACCUGCUAGGCUGUCUGUUUUUCCUCUGUCUGGGUCUGAUGUACAUGUUCAGGCCCAACAUGUCGUUCGUGGCGCCGGUCCAGGAGAAGGUGGUGAUCGGUAUUUUUUUCAUGGGAGCCAUCCUCUGCCUCUCCUUCUCCUGGCUCUUCCACACAGUCUACUGCCACUCCGAAGGCGUGUCCAGAAUCUUCUCCAAGUUGGACUACAGUGGGAUCGCCUUCCUGAUCAUGGGCUCAUUCGUGCCCUGGCUCUACUACUCCUUCUACUGUUCUCCUCAGCCCUGCUUCAUCUACCUGAUAGUGGUGUGUAUCCUGGGACUGUCCGCCAUCACCGUCUCCCAGUGUGACUUCUUCGCCACGCCACAGUACAGAGGAGUCCGAGCAGGUGUUUUUGUGGGUCUGGGUCUGAGCGGCGUUGUUCCCACCCUGCACUUUGUCAUCAGCGAGGGUCUGAUCAAAGCCACCACCAUGGGUCAGAUGGGCUGGCUGCUGCUGAUGGCGACGCUCUACAUCACCGGAGCCUGUUUGUACGCCGCUCGCAUCCCCGAGAGGUUCUUCCCCGGAAAGUGCGACAUCUGGUUCCACUCUCACCAGCUGUUCCACAUCUUGGUGGUCGCCGGGGCCUUCGUGCAUUUCCACGGCGUCUCCAACUUGCAGGAGUUUCGCCACAAGGCGGGAGGGGGCUGCGCUGAGGACGGCACUCUUUAACGUGCACUUGCACACACAGCAGUGACUCACUCAUUCACUCACACACAUUAUACGGGGGAGGCACUGGUUCUAAUAAUAUGCACAGAGUUACACACACACAUGCUCCUUAAACAGGCACACACACAUGCUCUCCACACCAAACUGAAGGCAGAAGCGGCUCGUCCGGUGUGUGUGUCUGUGUGCGUAAUACACAGGAUGGCCUCCCAGGGGGCGCUAUUAAAACUGACUGCCGAGGGUUUUUGUUCUCUUUCUGUCCCUCCGUCUGUCCGUCUGUCCGUCUGUCCGUCUGUCUGUCCAUCCCCACCUCCUGUGGCUCUUUUGCUCCUAUUAUGAAUCCAAUUUAAAGGCGACGUGUUUUUUCUAAAGCAGUUUUUGAGACUCUUUCCGGGGAAAUAUCUCCGUUUGUUCGGGAGGCGCUCAAAAACCUCCCCUUCAAAUAAUUCUUCAUUUUCUUCUGUGUUGAAUUCUGACUUUUUUCUUCAUGGUUUGAUUUGAAGAGGAAGCGUAAUUGUGGCUAUGAAAAAAAAAAAAAAAAAAAAAAGACAUUUUUUGGGGGUGUUUUUUCUUGCUGAAUGCUGUUUUCCAAGUCCGACACUUCAGAGCAUUCAAACACAAAAAAAGAAAGAAAGAAAAAGAAUCAAGUGGAAAAUGUCUUUACAUGAUUGUGAAGGUUGCAGGGGGGAAAUGAGGGGACUUGUUGGGUUGUGUGUGUGGGGGCGGGGGGGGCGGGGCUUAAUAGUCACUUUUAAAAGAAAAAAAAAACUUUUCCAUGUAAAUAAGAUUUCUAAAUUUUGGGUUAUAGAUUUGUAUGAAAUAUAUAUUAAAAAAAAGAACAAAAAAAAAAGAUGUUAUACGAUGAUGGCAAGAUACUGAAAAAAUAAAUAUGUUAGUUAAUAAACCGAUUAAAGAAAAAAGGAGGAGACGUGCAGUGGACAGAAUAAUUGGAGGGAUACGCUUCAAACAACUUAAUUUAGUCUGAAUAUGCAAAGAUAAGCGAUACGGAGGAAAUAUAAGGCACAACAUCUGAAUCUUAUGUUGUCUCCAGUGCAGGUGUGAAGUGAGCUUAAUGUCACUUUUCUGACCUUCCAAACAAGAGUUUUUUUUUUUUCCUCUCACUUUUGUCUUGAACCUGCGGCCUCGUGCUCGUCAAGCCUCGCUUGUUUUAAAAUCUCUCUUUAAAAAAAAAAAAAAAAAAAAAAAGACUCAUGGGCCUCGUGAAUAAACACAUUUGUGCUUGAAACCAAAUCUUAAAGUCAAAGCUAUGAUUAUAUUAAAAGAAUCAUCCUAAUAUGUAGCCGUUUUUUCAUUUCCUCUUUUUACUGUAAAUUGUCUGACGUGUAAAAGAUGAACUUAACUUCUUCUAAUGCCACCGAUACAACUUUAUUCUUUUUUUAUUCGCUAAAUCACACCAAGGACGAUUAAAUGAUAUUUUAUAUUUAAAAAAAAAAAAAAAAAGGCCCCCAAAUCGGCAGUAUCAAUACAUAACUCAUUCAGUUCAUUGUAGUCUUCGUAAUCUGUGGCGAUUGAUAAGUUUCACCUCCUCACAGACCGAUGAUGUCUAAAAAAACAUGCUUUUCUUUUUUGAUUGGUAUGGAUUGUGUUUUUAUUUUAUCCACCUAUGUUUUUGGUAUUAUUAUUAUUAUUAUUAUUAUCAUUGAAGCUUUAAUUUCUCUUAUCCGUUAUAUCCUGUUCAGAGAUCAUGUGACCUCUCACUCUAAAAACACACAACAUGAAGUCUCCUCAAGAGUACAUCAACAAAACCUGAGACUUCACUUUAAGAUGAAUACACAAUGAUAUUUAAAAAAUAAUAAUUAUGUUUUCUGGCAAUACCAAAAUCUUGCACCUGCACAAUGGAAACUCUUAUUAUUCUGAGCUUGUCUUAAAACUGUAAUUCUAUCAUUGUUUUGAAGUUUUGAAGUUAAAUAUAUUUGGUUUGCGAGUUCUUGUUUGAUGGCGGCAAGUUGAAUUACUAUUUGAGUGAUCAGCUUCUCUUCUUUGCAUCACACUUUUGCUUUGAAGUAAAAAAAACAAACAAAAUACACUAAAAUCAUCUCUUUUUCAUCUAACUUCUGUCUUAUUUUUACUUUUUUCUUUUCUUCUUUUCCUCAUUUUCUGUUUUUCUUUUUGAUCUGGCUUAUAUUAAUUUAUUUCUCUCUUUGGGAGCGCAUACUGUCUGUUGAAGCACAUGUUACGUUCUGAUGGGAGUGUUUGAUUGCAAUAGACCUUUAUAUCUGCUGUAUUGUUCUAAUAAAAAGGUUUUUUUGAAUCUG